UCAGACGUGGGAUUCGCGGGGGUCGGGACCCCAGCGCAGGAUGGCGGUGGCGGCAGCGGCGGCUCGCGGGGCCUGGCCCGGGCGGCACCUCCUGGCCAGGAUCCCAGCAACAGCGAAGUCCCCCUGGCUUUCUUCAGCCUUCUCCUCCUCCUCCGCGCCAACAACGAAACUGUUUAUUGAUGGAAAGUUCAUUGAGUCCAAAGCUACUGAAUGGAUCGAUAUCCACAACCCGGCCACAAAUGAGGUGGUUGGCCGUGUCCCAAAGACCACAUCCAGCGAGAUGGAGGCAGCCGUGAAUUCCUGCAAAAAAGCAUUUUGGAAUUGGUCAGAGAUGUCUGUUUUGAGCCGUCAGCAAGUCUUCCUGCGUUACCAGCAGCUCAUCAAGGACAACUUGAAAGAAAUUGCAAAACUGGUCACCUUGGAGCAAGGGAAGACCCUGGCUGAUGCUGAGGGAGAUGUGUUCCGAGGCCUCCAGGUGGUUGAACAUGCCUGUAGUGUGACAUCCCUAAUGCUGGGAGAGACCCUGCCUUCUGUCACUAAAGACAUGGAUACUUACACCUACCGUCUGCCUCUGGGAGUGUGUGCAGGGAUUGCACCAUUCAAUUUCCCAGCUAUGAUUCCUCUCUGGAUGUUCCCCAUGGCCAUGGUAUGUGGAAACACCUUCUUGAUGAAGCCAUCAGAGCGUGUGCCAGGAGCCCUCAUGUUCCUUGCCAGGCUGUUUCAGGAUGCUGGUGCCCCUGAUGGAACUCUAAACAUUAUCCAUGGGCAACAUGAAGCUGUGGAUUUUAUUUGUGACCAUCCAGAUAUCAAGGCAAUUAGCUUUGUGGGGUCCAAUCAGGCUGGAGAGUACAUCUACGAAAGGGGAUCUCGGAAUGGCAAGAGAGUCCAGGCCAAUAUGGGAGCCAAAAAUCAUGGUGUAGUGAUGCCUGAUGCCAACAAGGAAAACACCUUGAACCAGCUUGUUGGAGCUGCUUUUGGAGCAGCGGGCCAGCGCUGCAUGGCCCUCUCUACAGCAGUCUUAGUGGGAGAGGCACAGAAAUGGCUGCCAGAGCUGGUGGAGAGAGCCAAGAAUCUGCGAGUUAAUUCAGGAGACCAACCUGGAGCAGAUCUGGGGCCUCUGAUCACUCCUCAAGCCAAAGAACGAGUCUGUAAUUUGGUUGAGAAAGGAGUGAAAGAAGGGGCUACCCUGCUCCUGGAUGGACGAAACAUCAGAGUGAAGGGCUUUGAGAACGGCAACUUUGUUGGACCCACUAUCCUUGGCAAGGUCAAGCCAAGCAUGACUUGCUAUAAAGAGGAAAUCUUUGGGCCAGUUUUAGUGGUUCUGGAAGCAGAUACUCUGGAGGAGGCAAUCGAGAUAGUAAACAGGAACCCCUAUGGGAAUGGAACUGCCAUCUUCACUGCCAAUGGAGCAACUGCCCGGAAAUACUCCCACUUGGUGGAUGUGGGACAGGUGGGUGUAAAUGUUCCAAUUCCAGUGCCACUCCCAAUGUUUUCCUUCACCGGCUCUCGUGGUUCAUUCAGAGGGGACACCAAUUUCUAUGGCAAACAGGGGGUGCAAUUCUACACGCAGAUGAAGACCAUCAUCUCCCAAUGGAAAGAGGAAGAUGCCACAGUUACCAAGCCUGCAGUAGUCAUGCCAACCAUGGGGAACUAAACCAGCCUGUACAGAUGCUUUCCAUAGUGCCCCUCAUCCAUGGUACAGACUCCUUCAAGCUCUGUCCUGACUGGGAACGUUUCCUUGCAAACAGAAAGCCGUGUUCUCUCCAGGUCCUCCAUUUCUGUUUUGAGUAGACAAGCUCUUUACGUAAUGGCACAAUCACGUGUUUUGAGCUUAAUCUGCUCAAAACUGCUGAGUUUCUCCCCUAAACCUUUCCCAGAGUGAAAGGGCAGAUGGAGAGAUUGAUCUCAAUUUAUCUUUUUCCCUCAAACUCCUCUGAACACCUCUGCCCAGGUUUCAUUUUCUACUGCAUAUCUUUAGACCCAGUGACUCAUUACCAGCUAUAUGUUGCUGAAGCUCUAUCCACAUCCUGGUCUUAUGUGUUAAGAUCCAAAUCUGCCUUAUUUUGGGACAUGCUGAGUGCCAAAGAAAUGGCUUUUUCAUUGCAUGAAGGUAGCGGAUUCGGGAGUUUCUCUGACUUGACAUUUUGAAGGCUUUAACCCUUUUACCCAUUAAACAGCUUCCAAGAUUCUUGGGAACAGACUGCUUUAAGGGUUUAGAGUGAUGUCUUCUGGGGUGGUAGUUUGAAGGUCAAGGAGGUUCCUAAGAGAAGUAGAAUGAAUUCCAGUCAGUGAGUCCCACAGUUUGGAAACUGUGACCCUCAUGAUGCCUAUUCAUUUUAAUUCUCAACUCUUAUAUCUGAAAACACUAGUAAGGUGCUUUUCACUGUAACAGAAAUGUGCCUACAUAUACUGUCAUGGACUGAAACCAGGGAAACAAAAGCAUAGCAAUGUUUAUGCCUGGUUAAUGUUACUGGAGCCUUGUGCGGAAAAGGCAGAACUAGAAGGAAGAAUGCACCUCCUUCCUCAAAGCAACCAGGCUCAUUUUCUUAGUUUCUUUUCAUAACGCAGGUUUGUAUUGCUACUGCCUACUGCUUUAGUUACUGUCAUAAAUGCUCAUAUUAUCUGCAAGUGGACAAUACUCCCCAGUGCUAAAGCAGGUAAGGAAGUUCUGUGAGUCCAUGGGAUAAAGUUCUGUGUUUGGAGCUGUGGUCCCGGGUUCCAUCUCCCAAGAAGGGGUCACUUAGUUGGUGUCUAAUGCAAUCCUUGAGUGGUUAUAGAAAGGUCCUGCAAUGAGGUAGGAGGAAGGGUAAUGUUCACUUGGACUCAGUCCAGUCAACAGUGACGUGCAGAAAGUUUGUUUCUGCAGCUGUGGAAAGUCAAGCAAAUAUGCUGAUUCUAAUCAUGAUUUGUUGAUCUAAUCCAGGGGUGGCAAACUCACUUGGGGUCUUGAGCUGGACCCAAGUUGUGGGUCUCAUUGUGGACCAGAUCCAGUGGGUACUAUGGCCACUAGUAUGGGAGGAGUUUGACUAGCAGCGACAGGGGGCCUGGCAGUGGUCAAUCCAGGGGAAAGGCACCUAGCCAAGCUCGCUGUCAGAAGCCAUAGCCAUCAGUGCCAAAGGGCCCCAAAUUCUGUGGCAGGCUAUACCCCCCACAACUUCUGGUAGCUUGCUGGUAAGCCUGUGGCCCAGACAGAACAACUCCAUGGGCCAGAUCCAACCCAUAGGCUGUGUAUUUGACACCCUGGUCUAAUUAAAUAAACAAUAUGAGCACUUUGUAUUCUGUCUUCUGAUAAUGAUGCCUUUUGUAACUGACAACUGCCUGACUUCAGUACAACUAUUGUGAAGCCGCUAAUAUUUGUAUCUUAUUUUCUCUGUUAUAUCUUAGAGGAAAAUUCUCACAUUCUUCAAUUUGAUUAUGAAUAAAAUUGCUAAUAAAUUUCUUCAGGCAA